AUGUUAAGAAAAAAAUCUUUUUCAUUACAUGAGGCGGUUGCGACUCGAUGGGGCCAUUUACUAAACCACGGUUUGGUCAAAGAGGACGCUGAUGAACUCCUCAAACGUCAUGAUUUCCCGGACAAUUGUAAAUUGCUUGAGCCUCCUCUGGUGAACCCAGAAAUGACUCAAAUAAUGUCCGAAAGCUAUUUGCAAAGGGAUGCUAGUCACAAAGGCUUCCAGGAACAAUUAGGCAGAGGCAUUUCAGCUCUGGGAAAGGGCAUUAAUGGAGUAUUGGAGGAAAUCAAAAAACACCCAAAUUCGACAUUCAAAGAGACAGUUUUACCUUCUCUCAACGAUGCAGGCCGCAUUUUAUCGACAUUAUUUUUCAAUAUUUCGCAAACCAGACGCAAGUUGAUAAUGCAGACAGUCAGCAAAUCUGUAAAGUCCACCUUAGAAAAAACAGCUCUUGGGGAACUUUUGUUCGGCCCUGACCUGAUUGAACAGAUUAAAGUCGCUAAAGCGAUGGAGAAGACUGGAAAAUAUAUACGCCCAACUAGCAGUUACGUUGCUAGAUCGGGCCUUUCUUCCAUUAAAAGGGGGGGAGGAGUGUUAAAAAUUCUCACAAAAAACUUGUCACCAACCAAAGGGAACAAUGGCGAAGUGUAUGUCGUUUUUUUGUUCCUCCAAAUUCUAGAAGAUUAUUGCCAUAUGUCGGCUUUUUAUUGGUCGGUUGAAAAAUGCUGGUGCCAUAACAACAGUCAACAAAGACAAGCACGGCAAUGGAUGAUGAUUGUCCAGGCUCAGGCUCAGGCUCAGGCUCAGGCUCAGGCUCAGGCUCAGGCUCAGGCUCAGGCUCAGGCUCAGGCUCAGGCUCAGGCUCAGGCUCAGGCUCAGGCUCAGGCUCAGGCUCAGGCUCAGGGUCAGGGUCAGGCUCAGGCUCAGGCUCAGGCUCAGGCUCAGGCUCAGGCUCAGGCUCAGGCUCAGGCUCAGGCUCAGGCUCAGGCUCAGGCUCAGGCUCAGGCUCAGGCUCAGGCUCAGGCUCAGGCUCAGGCUCAGGCUCAGGCUCAGGCUCAGGCUCAGGCUCAGGCUCAGGCUCAGGCUCAGGCUCAGGCUCAGGCUCAGGCUCAGGCUCAGGCUCAGGCUCAGGCUCAGGCUCAGGCUCAGGCUCAGGCUCAGGCUCAGGCUCAGGCUCAGGCUCAGGCUCAGGCUCAGGCUCAGGCUCAGGCUCAGGCUCAGGCUCUUCAGUACUCGGAGUGGCAGGGUGUGGCGGCUGUUCUUCAACUCAAAGCAAUGUGGAUGUUGAUAUGUUAUAAAAGACGCAUAAUUAAAAUUACCUUCUUCUGA